UGAGUGGGACCAAGUGAAAACAGUUUUGUUCUUUCAGUGUUUGUGUGGAGUGAUUGUAAGUAGUCAGAACAGUGAGGGAGGCUUUCAGCCGUCUGUAAAGUUAACAAAGCAAAGUCCUCUCCUUAUUUAGCUCUCAUUGUGCAUCUGUGUGAAUGAGUGUCAAAGAGAGAACGUCAGCCGGAGGAGGACUGUUGUUUAUGCGUUUGUGAGUGAGGGAGAGGGACGGAAAUAGAGGGAGGGGAGAUAGCGAAGUGGAGAGGUGCUUCUAAUUGCUUUCAUUUUUCUCUAAUGACCACCGUGCCUCGAGGAGGAACGGAAACCCAGUUCGGCUGUCAGUCUCAGCACACACACUGCAGAGAGAAGGACUCCUCGUUUGCACCUGUUGAGCGUAUCUAUUCACGUCCAGCAGUCAUGGCCAUCUCCACAGCUGUGUGAGAGGGUGCCCGCGUCUAUCAGGGAUCUUCCUAUCUUACAGGAGAGAGAUGUCAUCGCUCUAUUCGCGCAGCAAGGACCUUUCCUCUCGCUCCAGAAAGUCCCUGUCCGACUCGCCGCCCUCCUCCCCGUCCUACAGCACCAAAACCUUCAGACAAGACCGGGCCUCAAGCAGGUCGGACUCUAGUGGUGUGGAGUCUCCGUCAGACAGACUGUCAGCUCGGACCAGCACAUACACACGCAGAGAGAACAGACUCGCCUCUCUGAGCAAAACAGAGGACGACUCGGCCAGCAAGGACUAUAAGAAGCUGUAUGAGGAUGCACUGACUGAGAAUGAGAAGCUGAAGUCUCGACUGGAGGACGGCAAACAGGAGCUCACCAAAAUCCGCUCACAGCUUGACAGAGUCACACAGAGGCAGGACAGAAUAUCAGAGAGGUCCACUGUAUUUGAAUCAGAAAAAAGGGAAAAAGAAGUAUUGGAGAAGAGGGUUUCGGACAUGGAAGAAGAAUUAAAGACGCCCUCAGUGAGGUUUCGCUAUCAGCCCUGAGUUCAUCCUCAGCUGGACUGGGUGAAAGAAGGGCAGAUGGUGAGUGGUUUUGUCCCACGCGUGGUUGCCUGCUCACACACACCAAAACACACCCAUUACAACACGGUGUGGGUCAUGUAGAUCACUCUUAGUCACAGAUUUGUAUCCAUACUCUCUUUUUUUCUGUGAUGCUCUCAAAAUAGCAAUGAUCCAAAUGGCUGAGUCAAACGUAAUCUUGAUUAUAAAUGCUGUGUUUAUAUCGUGAUUACUAGAUGACCCAGGACGUCCUACUCUGAGCUGUUCAUGUCCUCAGACUUGGAAUUAUGCGUCUCUGUGGCAACACUAUUAACGCCAAAAUUAAUCUGUGUAAUUUGAGUAGUCAGUAAACAAAAUCACAAUGGAGUGCUGCAGGGAUGACAUAUUUUUGUAGGCCAAAACCUGGAAUUGAGUUUGAAUUUUAACACUUUUGGUUCCAUCGUUCCAAAGUCAAUGGGUUUUUUAAAAUAGGUUUUUGAUUAAAUGCCUGAAAUAAGUUCUGUGGUUCACACAAGCUCUAGAUAUUUUCACGUUUCAUUCUGCGACAUCAAAUGUGUCAGAAAUCCCCCCAAAAUUUGUAUACUAACAAGUGGCUAAAUGGGACUGCUGGU